AUUCCAAGUUUCUGACAUUAAAUUAAACGUCGUUGAAAUUGGUGACGACAGAUUUCCUUCAGCUCCGAUCUGGAAGUACGACGAUCCCAAGUUGAACGAAAGAAUUCUUACGGUCUACAAUAACGGCAAAAAGUCAUUUUCUAUCAUAAUCCAAGAAAGGAAGGAACGAGAUCAUUGCUUCUUAUGGCGCUUCGAGCAGGAUAUAAUAUUAAGCGAAGAAUCCUCUACGUUGUGCAUAAGUCGGUUCAGAUAUUUUGAUUAAUCGAAGAAAGAAAGAUGAAUCCUAAUGAAUUCUCGAAUGCACGAUUUUAGGCAACGAAGAAGGGAACGAGAAUAUUUUGGAGAGCGAGAAAUCUCGAAAGUUGUAUCAGAUCGAAGUUCUUCCAAAAUUUAAGUGUGAUUUCGUAAUUAUUUUUCGACCAAAAUACGUAGGUCUACACCACGAGAUCUUGGAAAUUAAUUUCUUGAGCGGAAACAGGAUGUUGGGGAAAAAGGUUCGCCAUUUCCCCAAUACGAAUAAAUUAAAAACAUCGUGUAACAUUGGAUUAGUGAAAUAAUCUCACCCGUUUCCUCGAAACAGAGUAUUCCUAUUUGGGCCGAGGUUUUGGGCCAUCAAAUCCAUCUGGAUCCACUUUGCAUCGAUCUAGGCAUCGUGAUGAUCGAUUCGGACGUUUCUCAACAAACGUUCAACGUUUUCAACAUUGGUAACCUUUUUUUCGUAAAAUCAUCGGUGAUACCACUGAUGAUAUUAAUUAAUCAUACAUCACGGUAUCGAUCGAUAUUCAGGGCAUACAAUGGUCGAACUUUUAAUAAAGACACCGAAGAAUUUGAUUGAUCACGUGUCAGUUCAUCCGAAAUCGACCACCAUAGAUGCCAAAUCUCAUUGCAAAAUUAAUGUGAGAUUGAUACCCGAAUCGAAUAUCAUUACUUCUUCUAAACGAUUUUACAAUCCAGUGUCCAACAUAUUAGAGUUUCCGAUCAAAGUGCAAAUCCUGUCGCAAGAUUCAGAAAGACCGCCGCCAUUGAUAAUGAAAACCAUCGCCAGUCUAACACCUUGUAACGGUUUGAUAUUAGGUAUGGGUGGUAACAAAUCGUUUGCACGAAAAUUCGUAAUCCCUUCUCCUGUUCCAACAGAACCAGCGAGUAUCGAUCUAGGAUUCGUUCACACACACGAAUCUGUCUUCGCGGAAUUAACGCUGACGAACGAGUCGCUGUUGAUUCAAGAGUACGCUUUUAUAGAUCUUCCGUUAUCUGCUGAUAUACAACCGAAUAACUUUGGAUUCAUUCUCCCCGGAGAAACUAUCAAGCUUCAUUUGAUCUAUUCCCCGUGCCCGAUGGAUAUCCCUGGGAACAAAAUUGGGGCGAACGGAUUGGCUGGUCAACGAAGAUUUCUAGUGGAAGUUUUCACUUUGGCCGAGCUCGCUGGGAAAAAGAAACAAUCGAUGCUGAAUCAAUUGAAGAGUCGGAUGAACAAGCAAAUGACGAUUUUUGAGUAUCGCGGGAUUCCUCCCCCGUUCCACGUAAAUCUAAAGAAAUCGAAAAUAGUGCGUCAACUUAUCGAUCGAGAUAAUAACAACAAGCUUAAAGACAACACGGAGUUAGAUGAGGCGAACGACAAGCAUCCUUGCGAGGAGGAAGACAAAAAGAGAUUGUUGGACGAUACGAUGGAAAUGUACGAUCUGGACGAAAGGAAACAGAAGAAUUUGAUAGAGGUUUACGCGUACAUCAUAGAUACUUUUUGCGAGUUGAGCGAGCAAAUUAUACAAUUUCCCGCGACCCCUUGUGGAUCUUAUUCCAUGGUGUCCGUUCAUCUGAGAGGAUUCAAUUUGGCGUCGUAUCCUUAUUGCACUUGCGGAAUCAUCAAGGAACAACGUAAAAAAUUCACAGGUUGUUACGAAUUUACCAGCUCCUCGAAUAGGAUGACUAUUAUGCCACACUCUGGCAUAUUGCAGAACGAUGAAAUUAUUAAUAUUAAUUUUAUGUUCAAACCAAAAUUACCGAAAAAAAUGAUCUUCGAGGAAGGUCUUAGAUUAAAGAUGAACACGGAGGAGCUUAAUGAAAAUCAGGAGAAGAAAGUAGAAGAACCUGAGAUCGAUAUGUCGGCUGGUGAGAUCAGUUUAUUGGAAGUCUUCGAGCCUUGCGUUUCCACGAUUUUCGUAACGUGCGUGAUCAACAUAGAGACGAAAAUCGGCGCGAAACACGACGAACGAUUAUUUGCAAAAUUAAUAUGCCCGAUCAUUAAACCCGAAAUCGUUAUUUUAAAUGGGGAUCGUGUAAUAGAAUUCGAGCCGACAGCGAUUGGCAUGUCCUCCAGAAAAUUUCUCUUCGUUAAAAAUAUUUCCACUCAGUGA